CACUUCCUUCCUCUUCAUCCAAAGAGCCGCCAGCCAGGGGAGUGACAGCGAGUGACAGCCAGUGCACAUGGCUGGGGACACCGGGAUUGCAGGGAAGGUGGCACUGCUCCUGUGGGUGCCAGCCUGCCCAGCCCUGUCCCUUCUCCCUCCAGCCCAGACCCUCGGCCUCGCUGGGGCCCAGACCCCCCAGCUCCUCGUGGAACCCCCUUGGACGCCGCCGGUGGUGUGGGACCGGGUGACACUGACCUGCCAGGGCUUGGGGACCGCCGGUGCCACCACCUGGUACAAGGACGGGCAGCGCUGGUGGCAGGAGAGACAUGACCGCCUCAAUGUCACAGAGAGUGGCACCUACGAGUGUGACAGACCUGGCACUGGGCUCAGCCCCCCUGUGACAGUCUUAGAUGAUGAUCUGGUGCUGCAGGUGCCAGCACGGGCGCUGCUGGAGGGGGACACGGUGACACUGCGCUGCCGGGGGCGGUGGAACAGCCCAGUCACCAAGGUGCGAUUUUUCAAGGAUGAGAAUAAUCUGACGAGGUCCCUUAAUGCGACCGAGCUGUCCCUGUCCCCCCUCCAGCUGAACCACAGCGGCAGCUACCGCUGCAAGGGCUGGGUGAGGUCCUGGCCGUCAGGCUCAGCAGCAGUGACAGUGACAGUGCACGUGCCCGUGGCCAAUGCCACCAUCACCCCCGGUUCCCUGUCACACCAGGUGCAUGCAGGUGACCCAGUGACACUGCACUGCUUAGUGCAGGUGGGCUCAGCCCCUGUCACCUUCACCUGGCUGCGCAAUGGGCAGGAGGUGGCCCGGGGUCCCCUUCUGGAGUUCAGGGUCACCAAUAUGGGACAUUCAGGCACCUACCAGUGCAUGGCCACCAACCAGGCAGACGAGCAUUGCGUGUUCCGGGCACUCAGCCCAGAGCUAGCCCUGGAGGUGACACCACGGGAUACAGGGACACACAGGGAUGCAGUGGCUUCAGGGUAUGGUGGGGCCCUUUUGUUCCUGCUCCUGCUCGUGGGUGUCAUUGUGGCCUGGCACCGGUGGCACCGUGUGGCUGCCAGGAAGAAUCAGGAAAGGGCCCCCCCAGAUCCCCCACCCCCCCCAGAGGAGGGGGAGGUGCUGUACACCCACGUCGUGGUCACCAAGAGGGCAGCAGUGUCCCCCCGUGCCACCACACUCCAGGAUCCCCAGGUGACCUACGCGGAACUGCGGGGACCCCAGGGGCAACCGCGGGAACCCGGUGACACCUACAGGAAUGUGCUGUGACACGCGGGGGAACUGGGGGGCACUGGGGGUCCCCACCCAUGGGCACCCACUCGUGUGUGUGCUGCCACCAAAACUGCCCCUCUUCCUCCCUGUGGAGGCAAAAAGACCACAAAGGGCUGAGAAAAGAACAAUUUCCUGCAACAGCAACGACAGAGAAUAAAACCAACAGCAACAGCAACAA